GCCUAUAAAAUAGUUAGAUAUAUAGUUGUAGUUUUGCAUUCAAAUAAAAAACAAGGAGAAAGCUUCCAUGGAUUUUAUUCUAAAGAAACCACAUGCGUUGUGCAUACCAACCCCAUUUCAAGGGCAUAUUAACCCAAUGCUAAAACUUGCUAAAAUCCUCCACUCCAGAGGGUUUCAUAUUACCUUCGUUAACACUGAGUUCUACCAUCAACGACUCCUUCAAUCUCAGGGAUCCGACGCCCUAAAUGGCCUCCCUUCUUUCUGCUUUGAAGCCAUUCCAGAUGGCCUUCCGCCAGCAGAAAACCCUGUUGCCACCCCAGAUGUUCUAUCCUUUUGCAUGUCCGUUGAUGAAAUUUGUUUGGGUCCUUUAAAAAGCCUCCUUACCAAACUGAAUGCUUCAUCUCCACCGGUCACUUGCAUGGUUGCUGACAUAUUAAUGGGCUUCACCCACGAUGCAGCCAGAGAAUUUGAUAUCCCCGAGAUAGUUCUAUGGACGAGCGAUGUUGGUUCUCUAAUGUGUCUUCAUGAGUAUCCGAAUCUUUUGGAGAGAGAUUUGGUUCCACGUAAAGAUUCGAGUUUUUUAUCAAAUGAGUAUUUAAAUACCACGAUUGAUUGUAUACCAACUAUGCCUGGUCUGCGUCUAAAAGACCUGCCUUCAUUCACUAGAAGGACCAGCCCUGGUGAUGAAUACAUGCUUCAAUAUUUGCGUUUACAAACAGAGAGAGCGAAAAGCGCUUCCGCCAUCAUCUUCAAUACCUUUCAUGAACUAGACGGUGAUCUUUUGGACACACUUUCUUCAGUCUUUGCUCCCUGCUAUGCUGUUGGUCCUUUUCACUUACUAGAGAAGGAAAUUGAUGAACCAUUACCGAUCGUCAAAUCAAGUCUUUGGAAGGAAGAUAACAACUGUUUGAAGUGGCUAGAAUCUAAACCACCAUCUUCAGUUAUUUAUGUGAAUUUCGGUAGCAUUACAGUGAUAACACAUCAACAUCUACUUGAGUUUUGUUGGGGACUUGCAAAUAGCAAUUAUCCGUUCUUAUGGAUAAUACGUCCGGACCUGGUGAUUGGCCAAUCUGCAGUACAGCUUCCAUCAGAGUUUUUGGAAGAGACAAGCAGUAGAGGGCUGUUGGCUAGUUGGUGCCCACAAGAACAAGUUCUAAAUCACCCAGCAAUUGGAGGGUUUUUAACACAUAGUGGAUGGAAUUCAACAAUUGAAAGUAUUUCCAGUGGAGUCCCAAUGAUUUGUUGUCCAUUUUCAGGUGACCAACAAACCAAUUGCUGGUCGUGUUGUAACAGGUGGGGGGUUGGCAUGGAGAUUGACAAUGAUGUAAAGAGAGAAGAAGUUGCCAAGCUAGUCAUUGAGUUGAUGAAUGGAAAAAAAGGGAAAGAGAUGAGGAAGAAUGCAACAGAAUUGAAUAACAAGGCCGAAAAAGCAUGUGCAUCUCCUUUUGGUUCAUCCACUGUUAAUUUGGAGAAAGUGAUUCAGCUGCUAUAAGCAACUCCAAAUAAAUAAUUAUCUGUUUAAGAUGCAUGUGCGUUUAUGAUCAUAUUCUGCUAAGUACCGUUUGUUUGCUCAAAAUAAUCGAUGUUUUAUCGUUGAUGUAGUUUCAUUCUCUCCUUAAUAUAUUAAUCUUC